AUAAAAGUCGGCUUCCUCUUUCCUGACCCUUGUCUACUAUAUUCCAAGUUGGUCUUUAGAGAUAGAGAGAACAAUGGCGGUCGGCGAUGGUGGCGUACAGGAGGAACACUUCGACGUCCUCACCAGAACCGGUCAGAAGACUGGUCUUUCCAAACCAAGAGGAGAGGUUCAUCGAGAUGGGGAUUACCAUCGAGCAGUUCAUGUGUGGAUUUGGGCAGAGAAUACGCAACAAUUUCUUCUUCAACGGCGUUCUGACUGCAAGGAUUCCUGGGCUGGAUUGUGGGAUAUCUCCAGUGCUGGUCACAUAUCCGCCGGCGACUCCUCGCUUCUUACAGCUCGGAGGGAGCUGCAGGAGGAGCUUGGUAUAAUACUUCCAAAGGAUGCAUUUGAGAUGAUAUUUGUUUUUCUUCAAGAGUGUGUCACUAAUGAAGGAACAUUCAUCAACAAUGAAUUCAAUGAUGUAUAUUUGGUAACAACGCUAGAUCCAAUCCCUCUUGAGGCAUUCACUCUUCAGGAAUCAGAAGUCUCUGCCGUUAAAUAUAUUUCUUACAAGGAGUAUAAAAGCUUACUUGCUAAAGAAGAUCCAGCAUAUGUCCCCUAUGAUGUAAAUGGACAGUAUGGUCAACUUUUUGACAUAAUUGAACAAAGGUACAAAGAGAACAAUGUAACACGCUCUUUUACUCUACAAAAGCAACUACGUCGUUAUGCUCCUGUUUCCCUUGAUCCAGAGUUGACAGGAUUUACAGAUGCUGAUAAGGAAGCUCUAAGCUUACUUGUUCAGGCUGCAACGAUCAUGGAUGAAAUAUUUUGCUUGCAGGUUUGGUACAGUAAUCCCGAUUUAAGAGAUUGGUUGAAGAAGCAUGCAGAUGCAUCACAUAUAGACAAGUUAAAAUGGGCGUAUUAUUUAAUUAAUAGGAGUCCAUGGUCUGGCCUUGAUGAGAACGAGGCAUUUUUGACAACUGCGGAUUCUGCUGUGAAGUUGAUUCCUGAAGCCACAAUUGCAGUUGAUGGGUGGAAGGGUCUCGAAUAUAAAGCUGCAUUUCCUGUGGUGAAACCACCUGGAGCAAAUUUUUAUCCCCCGGAUAUGGACAAAACGGAGUUUGAAAUAUGGAAGAGCAGUUUAACAGAUGACCAAAAACAAGAUGCAACAGGCUUCUUCAAUGUUGUUAAAAGGCGCAGUGAAUUUAAUCUAGAUUCUUCUAUUUAUAAUAAGACAGAUGAUGACACAGAGCAACUAGUGCAUUACGCUCAUGAUCUAUAUACUGUUCCAUUCUCCCAAGAGUACAGUUCUUUCCUCAGAAAGGCUGCUGAAUUGUUGCAUAAAGCUGGUGACUUAUCAAGCUCACCUAGUUUGAAGAGGUUUCUUCAUAGUAGAGCUGAUGCUUUCCUUUCAAAUGACUACUAUGACUCUGAUAUAGCCUGGAUGGAGUUGGACUCAAAGAUUGAUAUUACUAUUGGUCCAUAUGAAACAUAUGAAGAUGCACUUUUUGGGUACAAGGCCACAUUUGAAGCAUUCAUUGGAGUUCGAGACGACAAAGCAACAGCUCAACUUAAACUUUUUGGUGAUCAUUUGCAGGUUUUGGAACAAAAUCUUCCAUUAGACAAUAUUUACAAAUCAAAAGAUGUGAUUUCUGCUCCAAUUAGAGUCAUCCAGCUCCUCUAUAAUGCUGGGGAUGUUAAAGGACCUCAAACUGUUGCUUUCAAUCUACCAAAUGACGAGCGCAUAGUAAAAGACCGAGGAACAUCAAUGGUGAUGCUUAAGAAUAUUUCAGAGGCUAAGUUCAAGCAUAUUCUUCUGCCUAUAUCUGAUGCAUGUCUUGUGGAGGAGCAGCAAGAGCUUGUUGAUUUUGAAUCUUUCUUCACUCACACCAUUUGCCAUGAGUGCUGCCAUGGGAUUGGUCCUCAUACCAUAAUACUUCCAAAUGGGAAGCAGUCUACUGUUAGAUUGGAGCUUCAAGAAGUCCACUCUGCUUUGGAAGAAGCAAAAGCUGAUAUAGUAGGACUUUGGGCACUAAGGUUUCUAAUUGAUCAGGAUUUGCUUCCCAAGAGUUUAUUGAAAUCCAUGUACGUUUCCUUCCUUGCGGGAUGCUUCCGCUCAGUACGAUUUGGUUUAGAGGAAGCUCAUGGAAAGGGCCAAGCACUGCAGUUUAAUUGGAUGUAUGAAAAAGGAGCUUUUGUUCUGCAUCCAGAUGAAAGAUUUUCCGUGGAUUUCUCCAAGGCUGAAGAUGCCGUUGAAAGCUUAAGUAGGGAGAUACUCACAAUACAAGCCAAAGGUGACAAAGAGGCUGCAAAAUUGUUGCUUCAGAAAUACUCUCAACUGACAGAACCAUUACAAAUAGCUUUGCAGAAGCUAGAGAACGUUCAGGUUCCUGUGGAUAUAGUCCCUACCUUUCCAAUUGCGAACAAGAUAUUGAGGCAAGGACGCUAAAUUUGACCAUGUCAUCGACUCAUCCAGACUUGUCAUCCUUCCCAUGCAGUACUUAUAAAUAAAUAGAAUGAUGCUACUAAAAAUCGUACAUCGAAUAAUGUGCUCUUCUUUCCAGUGUCCAUGCAUGGGUGAAGCACACUUGAUGACAAACAAGUCUUGAUAUGUUUCUUCUAAUAAACUGACUUUUCUUUACUAUGCUAAUGAAGUCAUGUACCAUUUUCUUCUC